AUGCAGACGAUCAAAUGCGUCGUCGUCGGUGAUGGAGCUGUCGGUAAAACAUGUCUCCUCAUCAGUUACACCACAAACAAGUUCCCAUCCGAGUAUGUGCCGACUGUCUUCGACAACUAUGCCGUUACUGUGAUGAUCGGUGGCGAGCCGUACACUCUAGGAUUGUUCGAUACCGCUGGACAGGAAGAUUACGAUCGGUUAAGACCUCUCUCAUAUCCACAAACUGAUGUCUUUCUGGUCUGUUUCUCUGUUGUCGCUCCUGCUUCGUUCGAGAACGUUAGGGAAAAAUGGGUACCAGAAAUCUCGCAUCAUUGCUCAAAGACACCUUUCCUUCUCGUCGGAACCCAAGUGGAUUUGAGAGAUGAUCCAGGAAUGCUCGAGAAACUCGCCAAGAACAAGCAGAAGCCAGUAUCCACUGAUGUUGGAGAGAAGUUGGCGAAGGAGUUGAAGGCAGUGAAAUACGUGGAGUGUUCAGCAUUGACGCAGAAGGGACUGAAAAACGUCUUCGACGAGGCCAUCCUUGCCGCUCUUGAUCCACCACAACAGGAAAAGAAGAAAAAGUGCACAAUCCUCUAG